UGACGGUCAAUUUCCUUUGCCGGCAAACCCACAGUGCCGCGUUCGAUCACUCCUUGAACAACUUCAACGCGCAAGAUUUAUCUUCCCAGAAAGGCGACUAACUGAAGGUGUUCUGAAGGAUGGCUGAAGAAGGAAGUAGUUCUCCGCUCUCCUCCGUCCUCUCUUCUCCUCCGGUCUCACCUCCCCGGAGCGUAAGUGGGGACUGGAAUGCUAUUUAUGCCCAAGAGAUUGAUACUGCUGCGCGGGUGGCUUUGGAGGAGAUAGCAGCCGAAGAGUCAACGGUCGAGGAACCAGCAGUCGAGGAACUAGCAGUCGAGGAACCAGCAGUCGAGGAACCAGCAGUCGAGGAACCAGCAGUCGAAGAGUCAACAGUCGAGGAACCAGCAGUCGAGGAACCAGCAGUCGAGGAACCAGCAGUCGAGGAACCAGCAGUCGAAGAGUCAACAGUCGAGGACCCAGCAGUCAAGGAACCAGCAGUCGAGGAGCCAGUAGUCAAGAAGCCAUCGACCAAAAAGCCAGCAACCAAAAAGCCAGCGACCAAAAAGUCAGCAACCAAAAAGUCAGCAGUCGAGCAAGGACAUGUCAAGGAGUCAGAGGUUCAAGGACCUGAAGAACCUGAAGGAGAACCGGCCACGCCGUUGGCGGCAUCAAGUGCUUGCCCUGAAAACAAGACAGAAUUUCGACCAUCUGAUCAGUUAGAAGCUCGGCAACCAGAAGAGAAAGCGUCUACAUCCUGGGCUGCCAUAAAUCUCCCACCACAGAAACUACGAUCAGUCGAUAAACCAGAAGUUCCAACACGUGAAGAAGAACCAACCGCCCCAUCAGCUGCGCCAAGUUCCGUCCCCAAGAAGAGAAAAUCAUUGCCUGAAGCAGUCAGUUUUAAAGGAGGUGUGGCUGAUUCACGCAAUAUCCUCAAACCAAAACUGACGAGGGGCGCGUGUACUCCUUGCCGUGAGAACAAGCUGAAGUGCCAAAAAGAGAAGCCAAUCUGCUCACGAUGUUCUGGAUCUGGCACGCAUUGUGUUUAUGCUUUUGAACAGCCGCGAAAAGGAGUUUCAGCAGCGGCUCGCCCAGUUUCGUCCAAGGCCGAGGCCGUUCCAGCGGAUGUGGGCGAGCCAAAAGCUUUGAGUCCGCCGGAUGCGCAUGCGGAUUCGGCAGUACAGGACCUGGAGGUUGAGAAGGAAAUCGCCACACCGGCAAUCAAAGCAGCAACAGUCGCCGAUUCCUCGAUCAAUGGACAGGGCUUCAAAGGUCCGAAAAAUGAGGACCCAAGUACAGUGACGAAAAGGGCACGCAAAAGGGCAAGUGGGCAAACGCCAGAGGAAGCCGCCCUUAACAACGAUGCAUGGAGUUCGAAAAUUACACGUCAUUCUGGAAGCAGUGAUGAGCAGUUGGGUACUGAGCUCGGAAAGCGUAAAGCCUCGGACCAAGACAAAUCUAGCACUGCCAAAAGGCCACGACAUGCCGGAGAAGCGCCAAAGAAAACAAACCUGGACAGAAAGUGGGGAGCACCUUUCGUCUAUACCGAUGAGAAAUCACCUCUUACCAAUGCUGAUCUCAGAGCGAUCCUACUGCUUCCGCGAGCAUGGGAGGUGUUGACACCAGAUGAGAGGAAAGACAUCCUCGCUAAAUUCCCCGACGACAGCCAUAUCUUGGACCCAGGGACCGAAAUUGCCCGACCGGAUCUUGUCUCCUUACGGAACAAUGAUCACUUCAGAUACGAUUGUGCUCGCUACCUCGAAAACAUUGAGCGGGGUCGACAUGAUGAACAAUGGCUUCAGGAGGCAUGGGUCGCUCAUGAAAAGCACAAACGAGGCGAUUAUGACGAUUUUCUGAUAAAGGAGUUUGAGAACGACUGGGCGACAAAGAUACCAGAGGAGUUGCUUCAAAAGACCAGCCGUAAGAAUGAGACGCUCGAGACAGAUGCUACUAUAGCAGUGUCCGAGAACAAGGCAAUAACAAAGGAACAGCACAAGGCUCUUCCUGGACGCACCAAGAGCGCUUCAGUGAUACAAGAAGUACCUCCUGCCGAUACAGCAUCUGUUGUUAUGGCCGAGACGAAUACAAGCCAUGUCGCUGAUCAUCACCCCAACGGUCAUGAAAAAUCCAAUACAAACGGGGCACGGUAUACCGAACUACGGUUCGAAGUACCACAUGAGGUUGAUUGAUGCUUCUUCGAAGCAAUAGAACUCAGAAUACCAGCGAGGAAGACGUAUGCCGAUCUUCGUCUAUGACGGGCCCCGACUUUGAAGCACCGCCGCAUCUACCAGUAAUUAAUAUAC